AUGAUGAAGAAGCUGAAGCGGCGUCUGAGCAAGGCCUUCAAAGGCUCCAACUCCAACAUCGCCGACCUGUCCGGGCCCAGCUCCCUCUUCCUCCACCAGGCCAACGGCGUCCAUCUGAUUGGCGCGAAUCCGGUCAACUCCAAUUCGAUUUCCGGCUACCAGAGUACGCAGAUGAAGGCCUGGCAUCUGAGCAACUCGAUGAGCCGUCUCAGCGAGCGGCUGGCCGUAGACGGAGUCAUUCUCGAGGAGAGCUGUGUCGACUACAAUCCAGAUGGCAGUUCCAACCAUGACUCAUGUUAUAAUAGCUCAAGCACCUUGAAUUACGAGCCCGUGAGGCAGUCGAAGACGAAAGGCCGACCAGUCUCCAUGCACACUCUUUACUGUAGGAGUCAGGUGAGGUUGAAGGUCUUCGAAAUUGCUGUAAAUUUGAAAAGACAUUGUAAUUUUAGUUUGGAAAAUAAUUUUAAAAGCAUUAAGAAGUCUGCAGAUUACUAAUGUUCCGGAAAAGUGAAAAAUAAUUAAAUGAAAAAUUGAAUUCGAGUAAAACAGGCAGUUACACUCACUUUCCGAUCAAAAUAAAAUCAUUUUGAUAUACUUCAAAAUAAUUCAAAUACAAAUUAUUAUUAACAAUACGACUUUAGAUGGUACCAGUCGACAACACUAUGGUGCAGAUACAACCUCGCCACGUUGAAGUCAAAAAGAACAACAAGAACAGAUACAGUUGGCACGCCAGCCGGCUGCUCGGAAGCCAAACCCAAUUGAGUUCAGGUAGGUCGGGACACAAGAGGUUAAAUAAACAAAUGGACCAGUAA